GCCAAAUAGAAUUUUUCUUUUUUUCUUUUUUAGUUAUACAUUGCUCGCUUCGCCUGGAUGCUUGCAUGGUCCCUUGUCCUUCUGCCAGUAUAACCAUACUUACAAUUAUCGCGCCUGAAGAUUUGACCAGAAAUCUCUUCCAAUAAUGAGCGAAACACUUGACGCGGCGCCGCCGCAUGCUACCUUCGAUACCGUCCUCGUCUUGGAUCUAGGAUCCCAGACCAGUCAUCUCAUCUUGAGACGGCUGCGAUCUAUUGGAGUUUACUCCGAGAUGCUACCAUGUACCCAGAAGCUCAAAGAUCUUUCCUGGAAACCUGUUGGCAUCAUCCUUAGCGGGGGUCCGUCAAGCGUGUAUUCUCCCGAUGCACCAAACGUGGAUCCGCUCGUGUUCGAGCUCGGUGUUCCUGUGUUAGGAGUCUGCUAUGGCUGCCAACUAAUUGCAUGGCGAGUAGACCCAAACAAUGUGGCACCUGGCGUGGCCCGUGAAUACGGAGAGACUUCGAUGGCCAUUCGUAAGAUUGGUAACCAUGCUGACCGUCUCUUCGAGGGAUUGGGAGACUCUUUGAAUGUUGUAAUGAGUCACUUUGACAAGCUCGUUCAUCUACCCGACGGUUUCAAGACCAUUGCCACCACCAAAAACAGCGAGUUUGCUGGCAUUGCCCACGAUUCUCAGCCCGUCUUCGGCAUCCAAUUCCACCCUGAGAUCUCUCACACAGAGCGGGGAACUGACAUAAUCGCCAACUUCGCUCUCAAGAUCUGUGGUGCCCGAGCGGACUGGAAAAUGGACAACUUCUCAGAGCGAGAAAUUGUUCGAAUUCGAAAGCUGGUUGGCGACAAAGCACAGGUUAUUGGAGCUGUUUCCGGAGGUGUUGACAGUACUGUGGCGGCUAAAUUGUUGACGGAAGCAAUUGGAGACCGCUUUAAGAGCAUUCUAGUGGACACUGGUCUGAUGCGUCUGAAUGAAUGCGAACAGGUCAAAGAAACCCUGGAUAAGCACCUGGGGAUUAACCUUACUGUGGUGGACGGAUCUGAUCUCUUCUUCAGCCGUCUUGCAGGAGUCACGGAGCCAGAAGCCAAGAGGAAGAUUAUCGGAGAGACUUUUAUCGACCUCUUUGAAAUUGAGGCACUCCGUAUAGAGAAGGAAGCAGAAAACACACCGUUUGCCGGAAAGGUUGAAUGGUUCCUCCAGGGAACACUCUAUGCGGACAUUGUGGAAAGUUUGAGUUUCAAAGGAGCCGCCAGUUCCACCAUCAAAUCUCACCAUAAUGCGGGAGGACUUCCUGCUCGCAUGCAAAACGGCGAGGCACACCUCAAGCUCCUUGAACCGCUCCGAGAACUUUUCAAAGACGAAGUACGGGCGUUCGGACGCCAACUGCAGAUUCACGAGGAGCUCAUUGGGAGACACCCUUUCCCUGGCCCUGGUUUGGGUAUCAGAAUAAUCGGCGAAGUCACCCGCGAACGCGUCGAAAUUGUGCGCAAGGCGGAUCACAUCUUCAUCUCCAUGAUCCGCGAGGCGGGAAUUUAUGACGAGGUCACUCAAGCCUACGCCGCGCUUGACACAAACAGAGCUGUCGGUGUGCAGGGUGAUGCCAGAGCGUAUGGCUACAUCUGCGUUCUGCGAGCCGUGACCAGCUUGGAUAUGAUGAGUGCCGAGCCCUACGAGUUCGAGUGGAGUCUUCUCAAGGCUAUUAGCAGACGCAUUGUGAACGAAGUUGACGGUAUCGCGAGGGUGGUAUACGACACCACGUCUAAGCCUCCAGGAACGAUUGAAUUGGAGUGAUACUGCUCGCCGAUCGAGUUCAAAGAAAGAUUUUCCAGGCUGCCCUUUCAGCGCGGACCUGAGAUGGCGUUUAGACGGAUGGAUUAGAUUUGCCCAAUAAAGGGAUAGGUGUCUUCGCUGCGGAUCUGCGAAAUAGGAGGUUGCGACUCGACUCGACGCCCUAGCGACUCUGGAAUGGAAGUCAAUCCAGGCUAAGCGACGGAACACGUUACCUCCGAGUCUUGAUCAAGGAUAGCACUUGCCUUACGUAGUCUCACGAUUUCAAUGAUUAUGUUUUUCUUUUGAGAA